AAGUAAAAAACUAAGAAUGCAGACGUUUCUACUUUCAGUUUUAAUUUUCACAUGUUAUUUUGAAAGUUAUGGUUUUAGUUCCACAGAAAAUGAAAAGCAGUAUUGUUUGACGCUAAAUAAUGAAGUUAAAUGCGAGAACUUGACAAAUAUAAUACUGUCUAGGCUUGAUGGCCACGAGUCAGGUCAUAUACAGAACAUCAGAAUUGAAGAUGGAAGACAACUAGAAAUUAAAACCCUUAGUCUGAAGCCUUUAAUAUUAGAAAUUUCAAAUUUUCUCACCAAAAAAGAAUGCAAGCAUCUGAAAGAAAUGGCGAUAGAAGAAGGUUUGCAGUCAAGUGAAACACAUAACUGGGACAAUAGUAACAGAUUUAUUUUACAAGACAAAGAUAAUGACAAAAGACUUAGUCUAGAGGAGAUGAAGUUAACGUUGAUGGGUGGUUUUGAUGUGCACUUAAAUAAAGAAGACAUCUUACUAAUGUACAAAGAAAUAAAGAUAGACAAAGACAAUGAUGAAUACAUAACUCAAUCGGAAAUGUCAAGCUUUUCACCAAAGCAUUUUGAACGUUAUUUGAAUACCUUUUUAAAAACACAUCCAGAGAAGCAUUCCCGUUACAGUAGACAAGUCUGGCUCAAACCAGAUACCUCUGAUGAUGAAGUUUUUAACAGAAUUAUAAACAGGACCUCUACUUUGGUUGAUUUACCUGUUGAGUUAAUGAAACUAAGUGAUUUCCAGGUUGUGAACUAUGACAUAAAAGGUCAUUACCAUGCACAUUGGGAUUCGUCUGGGCUAGACAAAGCAGCACCCUGUUGUGAUAAAAUCAGAAAGAAUAAUUGUAGAAUUUGCAGAUACAUGACAAUAUUUUUCUAUCUGAAUGAUGUUAAAGAUGGUGGAGGCACAGCUUUUCCUGUGGCAAACAAUGAAACGGUUGAUUUAGGGGAAAUUACAAAACAAGAAUUGUAUAACCUGAAUGAAAAAUGUGGAUCCCCAGGGCUGAAAGUGACAGCUGAAAUGGGGAAGGCAAUAAUCUGGUACAAUCAUUUUGUUAAUCCAGAAUCUGGGUGGUUAGGGGAACAGGAUGUACAUACUUACCACGGUGGAUGUCCAGUAAAGAAAGGGGAAAAAUGGGUGGCUAAUUUUUGGAUCAAGGUCACAGAUGACAAACAGGAUGAUCUGGCUAAAAUGCACAAGUAUCAGCAGUUAUUAUCAAAGAAAGAGAAGAAAAAAGGAAAAGAUGAAUUGUAAUAUUGUCAUAUAUUUUUGCCAUCAAAUUUUGGGGUUAUCAAUCAUUCUAUAUACCGGUACUUUUUAAAAGAUUUCAGGUCAGUUAUAUGAUCUCACCACAAGUGUUUCCUUUUUUAGCUCACCUGGGCCAAGUGAGCUUUUCCCAUCACUUGGCGUCGUCGUCCGUUGUUGUCCGUCGUCGUUAGCUUUCAAAAAUCUUCUCCUCUGAAACUACUUUAAAUUAAUCCAAACUUGGCAACAAUCAUCAUGUGGGUAUCUAGUUUAAAAAAUGUGUGGCGUGACCCCGUCAACCAACCAAGAUGGCCACCACGGCUAAAAAUAGAACAUAGAGGUAAAAUAUAGUUUUUGGCUUAUAACUCAAAAACCAAAGCAUUUAGAGCAAAUCUGACAUGGGGUAAGAUUGUUUAUCAGGUCAAAAUCUAUUUGCUCUGAAAUUUUCAGAUGAAUCGGACAACCCAUUGUUGGGUUAUUGCGUCUGAAUUGGUAAUUUUAUGGAAAUUUUGCUGUUUUUGGUUAUUAUCUUGAAUAUUAUUAUAGAUAGAGAUAAACUGUAAACAGCAAUAAUGUUCAGCAAAGUAAGAUUUACAAAUAAGUCUCAUGACCGAAAUGGUCAGUUGACCCCUUUAGGAGUUAUUGCCCUUUAUAGUCAAUUUUUAACCAUUUUUCGUAAAUCUUAGUUUUCUUUUACAAAAAUCUUCUCCUCUGAACCUACUGGGCCAAAUUAAUCCAAACUUGGCAACAAUCAUCUUUAGGGUAUUUAGUUUAAAAAAUGUGUGGCGUGACCCGAUUAAACCAACCAAGAUGGCCACCGUGGCUAAAAAUAGAACAUGGGGGUAAAAUGCCGUUUUUGGCUUAUAACUCAAAAACCAAAGCAUUUAGAGCUAAUCUGACAUGGGGGUAUAAUUGUUAAUCAGGUCAAGAUCUAUCUGCCCUGUAAUUUUCAGACGAAUCAGACAACCCGUUGUUGGGUUGCUGCCCCUGAAUUGGUAAUUUUAAGGACAUUUUGCUGUUUUUGGAUAUUAUCUUGAAUAUUAUUAUGGAUAAACUGUAAACAGCAAUAAUGUUCAGCAAAGUAGGCUUUACAAAUAAGUCAACAUGACCGAAAUGGUCAGUUGACCCCUUUAGGAGUUAUUGCCCUUUAUAGUCAAUUUUUAACCAUUUUUCGUAAAUCCUAAGUAAUCUUUUAUAAAAAUCUUCUCCUGAAACUACUGGGCCAAAUUAAUCCAAACUUGGCAACAAUCAUCUUUGGGGUAUUUAGUUUAAAAAAUGUGUCCAGUGACCCGGCCAUCAAAUAAAAAAAGCCGCCACAGCAAAAAAUAGAACAUAGAGGUAAAAUGCAGUUUUUGGCUAAAACUCAAAAACCAAUGCAUUUAGAGCAAAUCUGACAUGGGGUAACAUUGUUUAUCUGAUCAAUAACUAUCUGCUGUACAAUUUUUAGAUGAAUCUGACAACCCGUUGUUGGGUUGCUGCCCCUGAAUCAUUAAUCUUAAGGAAAUUUUGCUGUUUUUGGUUAUUAUCUUGAAUAUUAUUAUAGAUAAAGAUAAACUGUAAACAGCAAUAAUGUUCAGCAAAGUAAGAUUUACAAAUAAGUUAACAUGACCGAAAUGGUCAAUUGACCCCCUAAUGAGUUAUUGUCCUUUAUAGUCAAUUUUUAACAAUUUUCAUAAAUUUGGUAAAUUUUUAUUAACAUUUUCCACUGAAACUACUGGGCCAAGUUCAUUAUAGAUAGAGAUACUUGUAAGCAGCAAGACUGUUAAGUAAAGUCAGAUUUACAAACACAACACCAUCACCAAAACACAAUUUUGUCAUGAAUCCAUCUGCUUCCUUUGUUUAAUAUUCACAUAGACCAAGGUGAGCGACACAGGCUCUUAGAGCCUCUAGUUAAUCACUUUGCCUGUCCUUCUGUACAUUCCAUCGUGUUUAUUGUUUUCUGUUCAGUAUACAAAUAAAACCUUAGACAAUGAAAAUUUUGAUAUUUUGUUAGAGAUAAUUUAAUAAAGAUGAAGUUUAGCGUAAUUUUACUUUGACCUCUAUUUUACAACUUUAAACUUUGUACAUAUGUUGAUUAUGAUAUAUAUGGAGUUUUUAAGAUCCCUGUAUAGGUUAAACUAGGGUUUUGAUCUACAGGUAUUUUCAAGGUUCACUCAACAUGGAAAUGUGAUCAUGGGAGAGGGGCAUGGUGUGUUAUGGACAUAUUUUAUUUAAACUGUCAGAAUUACUAAAUAUUGAAU